GCGAUCGCAAAAAUCGACAGGAGUGCUAUCUUAGGGGUGAUAUCCGCCUACCAGUCAGCGGUUCCCUCGAGCGCUUUCUGAAUCUAAUUAGUGGAUCACUGGGAGGAAUUGGAACACUCCAUUUGAAGAGUAAUCGAAAAUCUGGAGUCUUGUGUGUCGAAGUUGUUGUGGCCAAUUAAACCGAUCCAUAGAUAUCGCUAGCUUCGUUAGCGCGUUUAUCCGGAGGGAACGCUUUUAAAGUGAGACUGCUGAACCGCUGUAAUGAAUAUGAUAAGAAACUGAUGAUCAAACGCUGUUCACGUCCCGAGACAAUCGAUCAAGUCGAAAUUUCGGCUGCUUCACGUUAUUUAUGCUCUUUUUUUUUCUUUUCUUUUUUACCGCGUAGCGACAUUCAGCGGGCUUGACAGGUCUGUGCUUCAAUUAAAUAUUUUUCAAUCCCCUCCCCUUGCAUCACUGGAUAUUUAGAUGCAAAAUACGAGGGCUGCGACAGACAAUAAUAAAUUAUAUUACGAUCCUUUUAAAGCUGUUACUUUGUUUAUUUUAACAUUUGUUUACGAACGGACACAUCUAUCUUAUUAGGCUGCCUCGACGGGCAUCAUGAAAUCCUGACUUUUAAUUAUUUAAAAAGCUGGCGGUCUGUCAGAAAAUAAGCUGGUUUCUGCAGCGUUUCGGACGCCCAUUGCUUUUUGCUUUGAGUGGCGCGAGCGUCAGCGCGAGGUCAUGCGUGCCGCUGCUGAGCAGCUGUCAAUCACAAUUGCUCGCGAGAGAUCGCAUUGAAGCGGCUUCUUACAUUGUUUUACGGUACCACAACACUUUCUGCAGCAUUUCACAACAGAGACGGUCGACUUGUCGCUAUCGCUUGGAGCGUAUCGUAGUAGUAGGUGGAGGGAAGGCGGAUUGACUGGCCAAACCCGCCAUGCCCGGUCCGGUGAGCAGCAAAGCACGGGUGUAUGCUGAUGCCAACACUGUGAAGAGCAAGGAGUACUGGGACUAUGAAGCACAUGUGCCUAGCUGGAGCAACCAGGAUGACUACCAGCUUGUACGAAAGCUCGGAAGAGGCAAAUACAGUGAAGUGUUUGAGGCCAUCAACAUUAACAGCAACGACAGGGUAGUUGUUAAAAUCCUGAAGCCUGUUAAGAAGAAGAAGAUUAAGCGUGAGAUCAAAAUUUUGGAGAACUUAAGAGGAGGAACCAACAUCAUUCGUCUUGUAGACACAGUGAAGGACCCUGUGAUGUAUGACUACAGUUUGGACAUGUGGAGCUUAGGCUGUAUGUUAGCCAGUAUGAUCUUCCAGAAAGAGCCAUUUUUCCAUGGUCAAGACAACUAUGACCAGUUGGUCAGAAUUGCCAAGGUUCUUGGAACAGAAGAGCUAUUCAGCUACCUGAACAAGUAUCACAUUGAGCUGGACACACGUUUCAAAGAUCUGCUUGGCCAGCAGACACGUAAGCGCUGGGAGAACUUUGUUCAGCCAGAGAAUCAGCACUUGGUGAGCCCAGAAGCUCUGGAUUUGCUGGAUAAACUCCUGCGUUACGAUCAUCAACAGAGACUGACUGCCCAAGAGGCCAUGGAACACCCCUACUUUUGUGAGCCAGCUUUCCUUAUCUGCUUUGAUUUAUUGAUUUUCUCAAGUUAUUGUUUAUUAUAAUAUACAC